UGCUUUUCUCUUUAGCACAGGACUUUUUUUCUUCUUUCUUUCAGAAUGAAAGCUGACCAAUACGCAGGGUCUGAAAGGCAAAUUGUUGUUGGAUUAUUAUCUUUAAAUACCCGCUACAUUUUGAGCAGGAUCCUAGCUUUGUAUAGGCUAAUGUUCCUAUUGUUGAAAGCACAAAAGUGUGUAAUAAACAACUAGCACAUUUAUAUUUUGCAUUUUGUUUUCUUACUGUACCGAAAAUGAACUGAACCGUGACCUCAAAACGGACGUACGUACCGAACCGAGAUUUUUGUGUACCAUUACACCUCUAGUAAACAGCAACGUACACAAUGAAGAAAGAAAAAUUGAUAAGCAAUUAUGAAACUAUGAAGCAUCAAAGAGUUGAUAUAAUUUGUUGAUUCAAACCUGAUGAAAUCAAGUCAAAAAUGAAUGGCAAGCAUUUGAACGUUUACUGACAUUACAUCGAAUAAGGGCAGGACUGAUUUUCUGUCAAGCUGUCAAGUAUCAGACAAAUGUGGCCAUAUUAGCAAUCGUAUUUUCUAACUUCCUUUUUCAACAACUGUUAGGCCUGUUUCUUUGGUCAAAUAUUUGAACAAUAUAGGAAUUUGAAAUAUCUUUAAUAACUUUUUGAUUUUUCAACUACCUAACCUAAUAUUCAUAAUCAUUAUUUACAUUGUGAAAAAGGUAAACAAUAUCAGACAAAUAUGAAGCAACAUCGAGGGAUGCCCUUUGCCUUAUUGAAGCAAACUUGCCAAACCUUCGAAGGUUAACUGACAGUAUAUAAAAGCACUGGACACGGAAAAAGGAGCCAUCGUCUGCAGGUUUGCAUUCACAUCGUCUUUGAAAUCCUUCUUAUUCAAAUGACUAACAUACAGUGAGCCCUUUUUUUUUUUUUUACUCAAUUUUUAACUCUAUUUCAAUAAGUUUUUGUCAGUGCAUUCUCUUCAUCUGAAUUCUUCGCCAAGAUGCUGUCUUUAUCUUUAGUCUUUUGUGCCAUUGUGGCACUGGUUACAGCUCAGGGUGAGUAUCGGCGUAAGUGUGGUCAUCAAUUAAUCUACAGUAGUAUUGCGCUAACCCACUCUUUUUUAAUGGCAGCAGCAACACAAGCCCCAACAGCUUGUCCAGCCGGCUGGAACAAAUACAAAGACCGUUGUUACUUCUUUGAUAAUAACGCCAAGAUCUGGGUUGAUGCUGAGGCGGCUUGCCAGGGGAUGGGAGGGAAUCUUGCAUCUGUACGCAGUGAUGAUGAAAACACCUUCCUUCGAACGCUGACUAAUAAUGCAACUACGUGGUUGGGAGGCACAGAUUGCCAAACUGCUGGAGCCUGGUUCUGGAUGGACGGUACACAAAUGCUGGCGAGAUUCUGGUGUCCACUCAAACCAGACAACCAACUCUCACAGUGUUGUCUACAGAUGAAUACUGGUGAGAACAAAUGCUGGGACGAUGUACCCUGCAACUCUACGCUUCCUUUUGUGUGUGCAAGGCAUAUUUAGCGGAUUUCAGUUAUGUAGCUGCUGUUUGACUGUUGUUGCAGCAUCAUGUGGGAAAUGUCAUCUUAAUAAAACACGAAUAACUCUUCCUGGUUGAUUUGACAAUUGAGGAGAUUGAGAUGAUAUCUACUGCAUAUGUGUUAUAGAAAAUGAAAAU